ACGAGAAGUCAUAUGUCAAUGUAUAAAAUGUGUUGGUAAUUAAUUACUUUCGCCAGUCGCUUAUUAUUGACGGCUCUGAAAAGUGGAGUCAUUGUGGGAUUAAAAAUAGAUUUAACGAAGAAUCCAUUCAUGAUAAUAUAAAACGGUUCAAUAUAGUAUAGUUAGUAAUAUGACGUCGUUUGUGGACGAGUCCACGGGCUACCAUGUCAAUUCUCGCUUAAUAUUCUAUCCUCUUCUACUUCUUGCCUCGGGAUUCUGGAUCUUAUACAGAUGGCAACAGAAAUCACAUAUUUACAAACUUGGCGAGAAAAUACCUGGCCCUGCAGCAGUACCGUUGUUUGGAAAUGCGUUGAUAGUCCUUAAAAAGAAACCUCAUGAACUGGUAGACUUGGGCUUGAACUACGCAAAACAAUUCGGUAACGUCGUGCGCGUGUGGUUGGGUUCCAAACUCAUUGUCUUCCUCACGGAUGCUGAUGAUGUGGAGGUCAUCCUCAACAGCCACGUACACAUAGACAAGUCCACAGAGUACAGAUUUUUCAAACCUUGGCUUGGUGAAGGAUUACUUAUUAGUUCAGGUGAAAAAUGGCGGUCUCAUAGAAAAAUGAUCGCUCCUACAUUUCAUAUCAAUAUUUUGAAGUCUUUCGUUAGUGUAUUCAACCAAAACAGCAAAAAUGUCGUUGAGAAAAUGCGCUCAGAAGUAGGAAAAACCUUCGACGUCCACGACUAUAUGAGCGGGGUCACUGUGGAUAUUCUAUUGGAAACUGCUAUGGGCAUCACUAGAAAAACUCAGGAUGAAUCUGGCUUUGAUUAUGCAAUGGCUGUUAUGAAGAUGUGUGACAUCAUCCAUCAGAGGCAUUACAAAUUCUGGAUGCGUUUUGAUGCUGUCUUCAAACUGACGCCCUUCUUUAAAAAGCAAAUUAACCUUUUGAAUAUUAUUCACGGUCUUACAAAUAAGGUAAUUAAAAGCAAGAAGCAGACAUAUUUAGAAAAUAAAGCUAAAGGUAUUAUUCCGCUUACUAUUGAGGAACUCACGCGAAAUGUAGAAUCAGAUGAAAAUGUCCUAGCCAAUUCUGCAAAAACCCUCUCUGACGCUGUUUUUAAGGGCUAUCGAGACGACUUGGACUUUAAUGACGAAAAUGAUAUCGGUGAGAAGAAGCGUCUUGCUUUCCUAGACCUCAUGAUAGAAUCAGCUCAAAAUGGUACAAAUCAAAUUACCGACCACGAAAUCAAGGAAGAAGUAGAUACAAUUAUGUUUGAGGGUCAUGACACAACAGCCGCUGGUUCCAGCUUCACUCUGUGCCUGCUGGGCAUACACCAGCACAUACAAGACAAAGUGUACGACGAGCUGUACGAGAUAUUCGGAGACUCCGACCGCCCCGCCACCUUCGCCGAUACCCUCAAAAUGAAGUACUUGGAGAGAGUCAUCCUGGAGUCUUUGAGAUUGUACCCACCAGUACCAAUCAUUGCUAGACAGUUGAAACGCGACGUGAAAAUUCCCACCAAAAACUACGUCCUCCCGGCGGGCAGUACGGUCGUAGUGGGUACAUACAAGAUCCACCGCCACGAGAAAUACUACAAUAACCCGGAUAAGUUCGACCCUGACAACUUCCUGCCGGAGAAUACACAGAACCGCCACUACUAUAGCUACAUACCGUUCAGCGCUGGACCUAGAAGCUGCGUCGGCCGCAAAUAUGCUUUACUGAAACUGAAAAUUCUACUCUCAACAAUACUGCGUAACUACAAGAGUGUAUCUGACAUACCUGAAGAGAAAUUCUCUCUACAAGCCGACAUCAUUCUGAAGAGAGCCGACGGUUUCAGAAUGAGGAUAGAACCUAGGAAGCGAGUUCAGUCUACUGCAGCGUAAAUACAGACGUUAAUAGGAGAACUAGAUUUCAUAUAUACUUCAAAUCAAUCUAAUAUCGGUCUUCGCAUAAUAUCUUGGUAGAUUUUUCCUGUCUAAUUGCUCUGAAUUGGUAUAAUAGUUAUGUUAAGCAAUUAUGUUCCAUAAGGGUCUAAUAUGGAUGCAACAUUAACCUGUUUACUUUCAUUUCAAAUGUCAUCUCGCUUGCUUACUAUGACAAAGUUCUGUGUUAUGUACAAAUUAAAUUAUAUAUCACAAAA